AUGGGUGAUCUCAAUUCUAUUAAGUCCAUGAAGGAAAAGAGUGGUGGCAGAUUCGACAUAAACAAUCACAACAAAGAAUUCAACAGAAUGAUCCAAGAUAAAGGUCUAAUUGAUAUGGGGUAUUGUGGACCUGCUUUCACUUGGACAAAUAGUGUUGUAAUGUCGACACCUAUCUAUGCCAGACUCGACAGAGUUCUAUGCUCCUCUAACUGGUGGCUGAGUUUCCCUGAAGCGGCGAUUUUCCAUCUGCCAAGACUUGGCAGUGAUCACUCUCCAAUUUACCUCAACUUGCACAGGAUAUGUAAAAGAAGGAAACCAGGAAAUAAAUUCGAAUAUUUCUGGACGGAUCAUACAGAAUUUCAAGACGAAGUUCACAAAGUUCGGGACAAUACCUCUGGUAAUACUUUGGAAAAGAUCAAGGAGACUGGAAAUAGUCUAACUGCUUGGGGUAAGAAAACCUUCGGAAAUGUUAUUAGAGCCGUAGAGGAAGCUAAAAAGGAACUCCUUGAGUUACAGAAGCUAGCUCACUCCAGAGACAUUAGAAAUGAUGAAGACAACUUAAAGAAGAAAAUAAAGGAGCUGAUGGAAGUCGAAAGGAAAUUCUGGCAGCAAAGAAACAAGAGCACAUGGAUUCCAAAUGCGGACAGAAACACUCAAAUUUUUCACAUGUCUGUCAAGCAUCGGAGACGGAAGAACUCUAUUGAAGAUCUACAGAACAACAACAACACCUGGGUGUCGGGCCAUGACAACAUUUCAAAGAUGCUUAUCCAUCACUUCUCCAGCAACUUCAAAAAAGAUCAUCAAGACAAUCUGGUAGCUGUCAACUUCAGUUCCGAUCAUAAGAUUACUGAUAAUGAGAACAAAACUUUAAAUGCAAUUCCAACUCAAGACGAAGUGUGGAGAGUUCUUAAGAGUAUGGGAUCACUCAAAUCCCCUGGAACUGACGGCAUGCCUCCUAUCUUCUACAAAAAAAUGCUGGGACAAAGUUGGCAAUGA